CUCUCACUGACGGCGAUGAGGCCUUCAUCGUCCGCCCAUUAAUGACUCUGUCACUGCUCUCUCACCUUCUCAUCGUCGGCCACUCAAACCUCUCCUUGAUAGCAGAUUCAUCGAGUCUUGGCGGCGAGAAGGGGAACAUUCACAGAGGGAUGAUGAUAGCGGUGACCGGGUUUCUGGCCAUGGAAGAUUUCGAUCUGAUGGUGGAAGCGGUGGGGGUCGAGGAAAAAGAGUGGUGUAUCUUAGCUUACCAAUCAGUUUUGCUUUGGACGGCGAGGCGGCAUGGCUAUCUUGCCCUGUCAACGAUGGGUGAGGAGGAAGGGGUUUGGUUGGCUUCGGGAGGAAUUGGGAAUUGUUUUGUCAAUGGUGGCUAAGGGGUGGCCGACAGCGGCGACAGCUCUUUUCCGGCGAGGGCUUGCGUUUCUCGGUGGGAUUGCUUGAAUCGGAUUUUUCGGUGAUUGGAUGGAAUUUAGAUUCUAAGGGGAUUAUACUUUCCAGAAAAAUCAAGAUUUGCUCCAUUU